CUCAACAGAGAUUCAACCAGUCUAUGAUGGUUAUCCUUCGAGUCAGCAUGGUUCCUUGAAUCGAUCAGAGAUUCAACAACGUAGUUAUGCCAACGGUCAUACUGCCAGUAAUGCAACGAAAGAGCUCGACGAUUUGAUGGCCUCCCUUUCCGAGUUCAAGAUCAAUAGCAGUUCUCAUCAACAUCAAACGGUGACCGAUUCUCCAUACGCUAAACCCAAUAAAGCGACUAAAAGUUCGCAAAGCCCAUUACCACCGGCUGAGGGUACACAAACGAGAAUACACAUUACAGAAACUCAAACGACACAUCAUUAUCAGCAACAACAACACGGGGAAAGUCAUACUGCACAAGCCGCGACACAAAUCAAACAGAAUCAAUUGGAUUCUAUGCUAGGAAAUCUCCAAGCAGAUAUGAGUCGCCAAGGUGUGAACACUACGCAAAAGGGAUGCUGCAGUGCCUGCGAGAAACCUAUCGUAGGCCAGGUAAUCACGGCUUUGGGUAAGACCUGGCACCCUGAACACUUCACAUGUACUCAUUGCAAUCAAGAAUUGGGUACACGUAACUUUUUUGAAAGAGAAGGACAUCCCUAUUGUGAACCUGAUUAUCAUAAUCUUUUUUCACCACGUUGUGCUUAUUGCAAUGGUCCAAUUCUCGACAAAUGCGUUACCGCCUUGGAGAAGACUUGGCACACGGAACACUUCUUCUGUGCUCAGUGUGGCAAACAAUUUGGUGAGGAAGGUUUCCAUGAACGAGAUGGAAAGCCAUAUUGUCGGGAGGAUUUUUUCGACAUGUUUGCACCUAAAUGCGGUGGUUGUAAUCGAGCAAUCAUAGAAAAUUAUAUUUCUGCAUUGAACAGUCAAUGGCAUCCGGAUUGUUUCGUCUGCAGAGAUUGCAAGAAACCGGUUUCUGGUAAAUCAUUCUACGCUAUGGAAGGAAAACCAGUAUGUCCAAAAUGUGUUGGCGUGGAUGAGGAAGAAGAGGAAGAGGAAGAGGCGGCCUAAAAAAAAAAAAAAGAGAAAAGAAAAAUGAAUUUUGCGAUGUUCACAGUCGUUGAUUAUUAUUAUUCUAUUUUCUUAUAGAAAAUGUCUAUUAUUCCAUCCGCCCACCCCUUAACCCUGCCUGAAACUCGACUACCCUCCCUCCCCAGAUGUUAUUCAUUUAUUUCGUUGGCUCGAGAAAUGCAGUGCCAACAUUUUUUUUUCUUCUAUUCCGUUUUUUUUUUCCUCAAACAGGUGUUAUAUCGAACGACGAGCAGAAUUUUUUUUCCAUUACACAAAAAAAACACACAUGUACACGAACGCGAUCGUUAUCGUUAAAUAUUCUUUUUAAAAGUCUAAUGGAGCUUUUUUGCAUUCACAUUUUUUUUCUCCUUUUUUUUUUUUGUGUGUUCUUUUUUCUUUCUUUUUUUUUUUCCUUUCUUUUUUUGAUAGCAAUUAUUUUUUAUUCGAGCUCAAUCGAAAUAGUUAAAGGAUCGUUUUAUGUAAUCUCACAUGUUAAAGAUGUUAUUAAAUAUGUAUGAGGCUAAUGAGAGAGAAAAAGAAUGUAAUAAAUUAUUAUUAAAAAAUAUAUAUAUACAUAUAUACAUAUGAAAAAAAAAAAAAAAAAAAAAAAAAAAAAAAAAAAAAAAAAACAAAACAAAACAAAACAAAACAAAACAAAAACAAAAAAACAAAACACACACAUAGCGAACAACACUAGGGUGACAUUGAAUCGCGUGCGACAAAGUCGUACGCGUGUUCGUUGAAAGCCCGUGUGAUACGAACACGGCCGUGUUGCACUCAUGCCGUCUAAUUUUAGAAAUAUGUCUAACCGUACGAUCGCUCUUUGAUCAAUUUCCUCUGUAUUCUGUUUUCUUUUUCUUUUUGCGUGUGUUAUUGUUUGAUAUGUAUGAUGUAUGUAUGUGUGUGCAUGCGUAAACAUACAUACACGUACACGCACAUACACCGUUUAUAGUAAUAUGAUUUUCGUCAAUUUUUCGAUAAAUUUUAUUUAUAUGGCAUGAUUCAUAUUCUACAAAUAAAUUAUUAUUAUUACCGUCACACGUAUAAUCGAUUGGUAUAUUUAGUUAGUAUAUAUGGAGAUUACAUAAAAUGAGAAUUUUCUUUUUUUUUUUUUUUUUUUUUUAAAUAGAUUUGUGUACAUUUGUAUGUAUUCGUCUACAUUCGUGUAACAUUUGAGACAUUCGUCUAUAUUUGUGUUUUUGAUUCAUUCUUUUUUUUUUUCCUUUUUUUUUUUAUUUUUUAUAAAAUGUAAAUUAUAUAAUUUUAAUACAUUGUUAUUCGUCGUCAUUGUUAUUUAAUAUGAAAUUAUAUGUUUUUAUUUUUAACAAUUUUAUGUGUUUAUAAAACGCUUUUUUUUUAUUUUUUAGAUAUUUAAAUCGUAUAAGAAAGAUAUGAAUAACAAUGAUUUGAAAUUGUGAUAUAUAUUAUUAUUAAAAUAAUUUAAUUGUCAGCAAAUAUAUAUACUAUAAUUUAAAAGAAAAUAAAUAAAUAAAUAAAGAAAAGAAAAUAAAAAAAAAAAAAAAUUAAUGAAAAUCAAAUUGAUGUUUUUGCAGGACUGCAGGCAAAAGUUUCAAGGGGGAUCCUUUUUUGAUCACGAAGGAUUGCCGUAUUGUGAAACACAUUA